CGCCUGCUGCCCUAGCACUCAUCCCAGCCCUCCACACCGUCUGCUUCUGCCCAGGGCUCCGCCUCAGUCUCACUCGACCCCGCCCCCUCGGACUAUCCGGUUCAACUAAGUCUGGCGUCACACACCCUUCGGCCCCGCCCUCCUCCGCUCAACCAAUCCACUCCACGCUUCAGUGUAGGCUUCCGCCUCCAACUCUCCAGAGUCCAGGACUCUGGACCCGGAAUCCCGGCUGAAGCUUCACGCCUCGCUUCCCGGAAGUCUCAAGUAACACGGUGAGGUCGGAACCUUUGUACGGCCGGAACUAAGGUGCGGUAGUCCGCUGGCAGCCGGAAGGCUGCUUAAAUAGAGGACUACCAGUUUCCUUCUGGCAGUUGAUCGCUCGGGUUCCGGUGAGGGGAUCGGCGUGUGAGUUCUUCGGCUUCGUUUCCUGUAAUGCACCGACCGAAUUUUCGACCCCCAACUCCUCCGUACCCCAGCCCGGGGAUAGGAGGUUGGGGUGGCGGAAACAACUUCCGGGGUGCCCUGGGCGGGGGGCCGCGGCCGCCCUCCCCGCGGGACGGGUACGGGAGUCCGCACCACACUCCGCCCUGCGGGCCCCGGGCUAGGCCGUAUGGGAGCAGCCACUCUCCACGGCACGGCGGCAACUACUCGGGGGCCCGCUUCGGGUCUCCGUCCCCGGGCGGCUACCCAGGCUCCUACUCCAGGUCCCCUGCGGGGUCCCAGCAUCAGUUCGGCUACUCCCCAGGGCAGCAGCAGACCUACCCCCAGGGUUCUCCAAGGACAUCUACACCAUUUGGAUCAGGGCGUGGUAGAGAAAAAAGAAUGUCUAAUGAGUUGGAAAGUUAUUUUAAGCCUUCAAUGCUUGAAGACCCUUGGGCUGGCCUAGAACCAGUAUCUGUAGUGGAUAUAAGCCAAGAGUACAGCAAUACGCAAACAUUCACAGGCAAAAAAGGAAGAUACUUUUCUUAACAUUUCUGAAAUUCAACUGGAAGCUUCAUGUGUCAGGAACAUCUUGGACAGAACUUUUACUUGUGUAAAUGAGUUGAACCCAAAGAUGAUGACUUUGAAUAAUGAUUAGCAUACCCUUGGUAUAUCGCUAAAUUUAUCAAGUGUUGAUAUUAGAGAAAAUGAUAGGACAAUUUACAGUAUUUAGCUAUCUGGGAGUGUAUAUGACAGAACACAGUUUUCAUACUUAACAUUUCCUAUAUAACAGACAUUUGUUUUUUCAGUGUUUUAAAAUAAAACAUUUUUGUCUUCCUAAUUGUGAUUUUGUGGAUAUGUAGAAUUGCUAAAACAAUGUUUUAUAAUCACUUAGGAUUUGAGGGUAAAUGUUUUGCAAACUAUUUUUUCAUGAAAUAGAUAAGCUACCUUAGACACUUUUCUAUAUAUUUAUUAAUAGAAAGUAGUUCUACAUUCUUUUUUUGUAUUUUUGUUAAAAUAUUGAAACUUAAAAAUCACUGGAAGUCAAUAUGAUUUAUACUUCUUUAACCACAAAAGGCCAGGGUAAACCAUAUAUAUGCAGUUCAGUGUUCUACCCAAAUUUCUCUAUAUUUGGAGCAUUGUAGACUUAGCUUCUCUUGAAGCCAAAAAAGGUAGUAUGUUAAUUUGUCAUUGUGAUAAAAUGAGCCAGAGGAAAACGAAGGAGAAAUUUUGGUGGAAGUACAGCUGGAUCUAUUAGUUGGUCUUGAGGUGAGUCAAAAUAUGUCUGUGGAUAUGGCAAAAGCUGAUCACCCUUGGCAGCCAAGCUGCAGAAAGACAGGAAGGGGCCAGGGACAAGAGGAGCCUUUCUAGAGCAUCUUGGCCUUUUUCUACUUCCCAAUAAUAGCAUCAUGUGAAACAUUGAGGUAUUCAUCCACUUAGGAGGUAAAUACUCCCGGUGAUCAGACAAGCCUUCAAUACAGGACCCGUUUGGGGAGACACUUCAUAUCCAUACCACAACCAAUGACUGGUAGUAAUCUCAAAUCACUUCCAUGACAAAGAUUCCAUCAGUCCCCAAAGAAGACAAAUGAUGAAGCCAGUUUACUGUGACUGAUACAGUAAGGCCUAAUUAUCUUGACUUGUGGAUACAUUUCUAAUCUGUGAAAGGGUUCUAUAUAAACUUUAACUUACUUUGGCUGGAGUAGAAGGAAAGGAAUGCUCUGUGUGUGUGUGUGUGUGUGUGUGUAAUACCUGUAUUGCUUGGAGGAGUAUUCCUCAGUUACUCAAAAUCAGGUCUUGAACAGUACAGUCUGUUGAAAAAAUUGUCAGUAUUCUCCAAAAGAAAAGUGAAAUGGCCUUUCCACCUAGGUAAGCCAUAACUGUUUGUUAUUGGGGUGGGAACCCACUGGAAGGAUUUUAUGCAGUUAAAACCUCCAUUGGAGCCAGAGCUUUGAAAUUUUUCUACUAGUUACUAGCUAGGUACCCCAGUUUUAUCCUGUAAAAUGAGGAAAUUCAUAGUACUUGUCUUUAUUUAACCCUAUAUUCUGAGUUUUUAGAAUAGUUCCUGUAAAAUAAUGGGCACAAAGUAAAUGUUUAAUAAAUACAUAAAUUCUGGUUGUAACUGUUAUAUUGCUCUGCCUAGUCCCGUGUGUAUAGAGGCUAAUAGAGUGAUAUUAUGUGGUUAUUUGAAAGAAAACGUUCGUAUUCAACAUCUUGAGGUUUUUUUCAUAUAUUUUAUAUUUGAUGCUUAUUGAACUUCAUAAAUAAAUAACACUUGAAAA